GUAAAUUUUUAUUCUAUCGUUAAGAACGACGACAAAAGCGACUUAAAUACACUCAGGCAAAAACGAUUCCCAGCAGAAUGUUGUAGGUUUCAAUAAAGACCACAGUUCAACAAUGACAAAAGAAUCAAAGAGUUUUCGAUUUCUGGAUAUAUAUUAAAUAUCAAACUGGUUGUAUGAUUAUUCCUUUAAGUAUUUAACACGACUGAAUCGACCUCAAAUGACUUAGAAAGGGAAACUGCCAUUCCUUUACAAAAAUGAGUUUAUGAUGCUUUUAUGAGACAAUUUGACGUCAUCCGACAUGGAUUUUAAACUGCAUAAUUCAGUUCUAAAAUCUUUUUUAAUUCUAAAACAAAUGAUGAUGAGUAAAGUGCGAGUUAACAGCGGAAAUUUUUUUUACGAUUGAAAAUUUCGAAGAAAAAUACAGUUUAGAAACAUUGUGAUUCUUUCAUGCGGAUAAAAACUUUGGCAAAAUGGAAAUAAUUUUUAACAUUGUAAUGAAAUGCUGCUCAACCAGGAACGGUAAAAUUUAAUUCUACAGGACUGUAAAGCCAUUGCAAUCAAAAUGACAUUCUGUGGAACGGCAUCAAAAUGGGCGAAGAUUGGCCUGGUGUUUCAGUAUAUCGGACUGGCAUUGUUUUUGUCAGGAUUUGGAACUAUAGGAUGGAUGAUCACUCAAACUGUUCAGGAUAACAAAGACAUUACAGUGGGGCUGUUCAGAAUGAUCGACUGUUCCUCGGGAAGUUGUUCAACAUCAGAUGUAUCAUCUCAAUACCAAAAUAAUGGAAGGGACGCCACUCUGGGAAUGAUGAUAGUGGUGAUGAUCGCCGCGGUACCCAUCACCGUUCUCUACAGUAUCUACGUUGCCACGGAAGCCGCCAGAUCAAAAUGCCUGGCAUUGACCAUUAUUUGUAUGUCAUUCGCUGCAGCAACAUUUGCAGUGGCCGGGAUGAUUGUAUAUGCAGUUCUUCUGCCUACUGAUUUCUAUACAUCCUAUUCCCUGGGACUGGUCACGCUAGCUGCGGGUCUUUUUGCUACAGCUGCCUGUUUACUUAUACCAGACAUUCGUAAUAACAUUUACAAGACUACUAAACGUCGCGUCACCCCACCACCACCUUCACCAAGUUUACCACCCAUAGAAAGCCCCCCUCCAAAAUACAGAUACAGGGAACGCACGCCCGAGUACUUCACCCCUAGUCCCCCUCCGAAGAAAAGAGGAUAUUGGGAGUAUAAAGAAUACGAGACCCCACGUCCAAAGGAACGUCGAACUCCACGCGAAUUGGUGCGGGUACAUUUACGUUCGACGACCCCGCUGUCCGUCGGCAACCUAUCAACAACGUCGACGCCGCGUCGCUAUAGAACACCACCAUCAGUCCAAAGAUACGACUACAAAGCAAGAUAACUGGACUAGCUUCCGACUUGAGUGGAAAUUAUUUCGUCCAC